GGUUUUUUAUGAUUAAGACCAUUGAUAAUGCCACUACUACCAAUAUUCCACCCCCAACCACUCAACCAGUUGGGAAAUUAUUGUUAGUGUUUGAACUUGAAUUGACUUUCUUUUUUACUGAG